AUGUGGGUACUGGCACGUAAACUGGAAGUGCUCGUGUUUAUUCACUCAGCUUCAUUGCUUGAAUACAUUAACACAGACAGUUUAAAACGUCGUGUGCAGGCGUUAACUGCAGGUAUCGUGAAUAAAAAAAUUCGUCGAGCAACGUACAUGAUACAACCAGUCAGUGAGACUGCAAGCACAAGAAUAGUCAUGACAGGCAAUGUCUCAGCUGACAACAGUGCCACGCGCAUGCAAAACUGUCCACCGACGGUGUCUCCUGCAGUACAUCGAGCGUUAAUGCCACAGGUAGCAGGAAGAGGCAUCCACUCGUCGUUGAAGGGCUCAGCGACGCCGCCAGUUGCAUCAGCAGGUGGUAGUAUUUGUCCACUACCAUGUAUCUCGCACCUGAUCGACAAGCGCAGCCUGGACAAAACGGAGUGCAACCACUAUUUGGAUAAAACAAAUGCUUGCAAGAGGAUGCGCACUACGUUGAUGUCAGAAGAAAAGCCGCAGGCUGAAAUGGAAAAGAAGCACGAGCCAAGUAAAUUAGGUAUUUUGCUGUUCCGGGGAUAUGAGGAGCUGAGCAGAAUUAUUUGGAACUAUGUGGAUGGCACGCAAAUCAUGCGCUCGCGUGGCGUUUGUCGUAUUGCUGGUGCGUUAGCGCCGCUUUUUGUGACGUCACUGCAGUUGAGCUGCAACGCUGUGCAGAGAGCGCUUGCUACACGCACUAACGGUAACGAGUGUAUUUUACGCGAGUGCAUUCACUUGCGUCAGUUAGAAAUCGUGUCGUUAUCGGCAGGAAUGACCUUUGGAAAGCUAUCGAUGCGUGCUACAAACUGUCCGCAGCGGUUUGUUGUGACCCACGAUGACCAUGAGCAGAUUGUACUGUCCGUGGCAGAGCAGAUGCGUCUGAACACUUUUCCAGGCCUCGCGCGUUUGAGUAUCACGUGCUUGUUUACGAAUGAGGAAGCAGAUGGAGAAGUUGAUGUUCUGGUGAACACCUUGAUGCUAGGUUGCUGCCCGCGUAUCAAAGAGCUGUGUCUUCCAGGGAAUAGCUUUGGCGAUUACGGAGCUACUAAAGUAGCGCAAAUGUUACGGUCACAAGUUUGCCCAAACCUUACAAGAUUGGAUUUACGCCGCAAUUUUAUUGGUGAAAAUGGCAUUAGAAGCUUGUGCCAUGCUCUGGCUGAUGGUUGUGCGCCCAACCUUGCGGAGCUUUGUUUGGGUGGAAACACAAUCACCGACUCGAGCUUUCAUCACGUGUUGUUCGCGAUGGAAAGCAGUCAGUUGCGAAACUUGCGCUUUUUGGGUAUCGAGAUGAAUUACCUGACAUCGACGAGUAUGGAAAUGCUUGGACGCACGGUUGGCAAGCUGGUUUGCCCAGUUCUCUCUCAAAUCUCGUAUAGCGACAACAGCGUGAGUAAUGAGUCUGCAAAGCGACUGAUAGUGACUGCUGUGUACCAAGAACGUGUGUUGCAGGCAAAGUGUCAACAGCGGAUUUGUGAUGGUAAUCUAAGCAAAGACGAGAGCACUUACGAUGAGCAGUUGUCGGACCAAGACGUAGUUUGA